CGGAAACCGCGGCUGGACCGGAGCGGCGGGGAGGGGAGAGGAGGGCAGGGCAUCGGCGGUCGCUGGCGAGCGCGGACGCACGGACCGAGACGGCUUCACUUCCAGAUGCCUGCACGUUUCCUGGUGGAUUACGUGAGUGUUUGGAGCAGACUUCUGUGAGGAGUCCUUCGUCCUCUGCUAGGAACAAAGAUGUGGAAAGCGUCAGCGGGACAUUCUAUAUCUGUCAGCAAGGAGGAUGAGGGUGCCGAUGACUGGGAAACUGACCCCGAUUUUGUGAAUGACGUCAGUGAGAAGGAGCAAAGAUGGGGAGCCAAGACAGUGAAGGGGUCCGGGCACCAGGAGCACAUCAACAUACACAAGCUGAGAGAGAAUGUUUUUCAAGAACAUCAGACCCUCAAGGAGAAGGAACUUGAGACAGGACCCAAAGCAUCCCAUGGCUAUGGAGGAAAAUUUGGUGUCGAGCAGGACAGAAUGGAUAAAUCUGCCGUUGGCCAUGAAUACCAGUCCAAGCUUUCCAAACACUGCUCUCAAGUUGAUUCCGUGAGAGGCUUUGGUGGCAAAUUUGGGGUCCAGCUGGAUCGAGUUGAUCAGUCUGCUGUGGGUUUUGAAUACCAGGGCAAAACUGAGAAACAUGCUUCACAGAAAGAUUAUUCUAGGUUUGGUGGUAAAUACGGUGUGCAGGCUGACCGGGUGGACAAGAGCGCAGUGGGCUUUGAUUACCAGGGUAAAACUGAGAAGCACGAGUCCCAGAAAGAUUAUUCCCGAGGUUUCGGUGGUAAAUAUGGUGUCGAUAAGGACAAUGUGGACAAAAGUGCUGUUGGCUUUGAAUAUCAGGGCAAAACAGAAAAGCACGAGUCCCAGAAAGACUAUGUGAAAGGGUUUGGAGGCAAGUUUGGUGUGCAGAGAGACAGACAAGACAAGUGUGCCUUGGGCUGGGACCACCAGGAGAAAGUUCAACUCCACGAAUCCCAAAAAGAUUAUAAGAGUGGUUUCGGAGGCAAAUUCGGGGUCCAGACCGAGAGGCAGGACCCAUCUGCUGUGGGCUUUGAGUACAAGGAGAAAUUGGCGCAGCACGAAUCUCAGCAAGAUUAUUCCAAAGGAUUUGGUGGAAAAUAUGGGGUUCAGAAGGACAGGAUGGAUAAAAAUGCCUCGACCUUUGAAGACAUUUCCAAGGCUUCCUCGGCUUACCAGAAGACAUUGCCGGUAGAAGCUGUGAACAGCAAAACAAGUAAUAUCCGAGCGAACUUUGAGAACCUGGCCAAAGAGAAAGAGCGAGAAGACAGGAGGAAGGCAGAGGCGGAGAGAGCGCAGAGGAUGGCUAAGGAGAAGCAGGAGCAGGAGGAGGCCCGCAGGAAGCUUGAGGAACAAGCCAGAAUCAAGAAGCAAACUCCAUCUCCUCCUCCCAGCCCCCAGCUGCCAGCCGAGGAAAGGCCACCCACCAGCCCAGUCUAUGAGGAUGCUGCAUCUUACGAGGCCGAGCCCGGGUACAAAGGCCACAGUACUACGUAUUCUGGGCCGGAGCAGCAGUCUGAGUACACGGCUGUGCCGUCAGACUACCAGGAGACAGUGAGCCAGCGGGGCCUGGCGCAGGAGCCUGAAGCUGUGUAUGAGACCACGGGGUCGAUGGCUCCCAAUCAAGAAGAGGAAAAUACUUAUGAUGAAUAUGAAAAUGACCUUGGGAUCACAGCCAUAGCCCUCUAUGAUUAUCAGGCUGCUGGUGACGAUGAAAUUUCCUUUGAUCCUGAUGAUAUCAUCACCAACAUUGAAAUGAUUGAUGAUGGCUGGUGGAGAGGCGUGUGUAAAGGCCGAUACGGGCUCUUCCCAGCCAACUAUGUCGAGCUGAGACAGUAACGAAGAUGUUUUCUCAUCGAUGCCUUAAUGCCAUAGUCUGCAAACCUGAUGUCUACACUACAGAGUCAUGCUUCGGGGAGGGAGGAUGGCGAGGGGAAGAUACAUACUGCUUUUAUAUUUAAUACUUUUGCUGAUGCUCUUAAGAAUGUUUAAUCCUCAGAAUUUGCUAAUAUAUUGUAAUCAUGUUUCCUUGGAGGACUUGGGUGAUGGUGUUUAAGCCUUUAAGGCCUUUCCUCUUUUUGCCAAAUGGGAUGGUUGUUACAAGAAGCCAUGCCAAGGACCUUUUGUCCUUAUGUGGGAGCAGGCAGGGUCCCCUGCCCUGCCCAAGACAGCGGUGCUGAGGGAAUCCUUUCUCUGCAUGUUGGCAGUGCCUGUGAGGACCCUGCAGGCCUCCUGGGCAUGUCCUGGUUCUUAGAGGAGGAAGGAGUUAGGGAAGAGUGGCACUAGAGGGGGUCAGAGUGGACCAGCCUUUCAAGCCUCUUGUCAUGAGUGAGGUUCCUUACCUACUUUUAUAGACUUAUUCUCAGCGUCUCCUCCUUCCAUCAAAGAAGCCCGCAAGCAUCCAGGUAUGGAGACUUGAGUUGGGGUUUGGUUUAGAUUUGGGACUUUUCAUUCUCUCUCCCUUCUUCCCAGAAGCCCCAGCUCCAGGAGCCUGACAAGCUCCUCUUGGGUCCUUUAGAUUAGGCAGUUCCUCUACGUUACCCUGUCCCCGCCCCCAGCUGCUCAUCCACCUCCAGAUCUUGACAAAUUCUGUUCCUCACGGCUGCUGAGAUAUCGCCCUGUGAUGACGGUGAUGACGACGUGCCCCCGCAGGGCCAGCGUCUCUCAUAAACACGAAAACUUCCGUGAAGCGGUAGCUGCUGGACAAGACUGCUGUAGCCUGUCGAGGGCGCGUGUGUGUGUGGCUUAGUCACCUCAGUCACUUUUCAGCCCCACACAAGCAGUCACCUCCCCGGUACGUUCAGCAGAAACUGCCCAUCCCAUUUGUACCACCAAGGGAGGGACGCUCCUUCUGCCAACGCAGCACGCUGUGGGCUGACUUGAUUAAAACCGAUGGACAAAGAGGAGUCUGUGUCCCCACCAGAGAUGCAUGUGGAUCUGGUCUCACAGUCAGUUGUGCUGGCCCAAGGCACCCAGGGUGGCUUUAGAAUCUCAGCCCUGUGGACUGAGGAAAUUGGCCGGGAGCAGCGAGGUGGACAGACUCUCCCUGCAAUCUUCCCACAAGCCCCAUGGUUCUUUGGGACAGUCCUCCUUCCGGCAGCCCUGAGUGUGUCCAGCUCCCCCCCCACUCUUUUCUCUGUAUUGAUCAGGCUUCCCUAGGUCGGCCUGGGUUCGAUGAUCCGCACGUUUCAUCCCCCUUCGUCUAGAACACUUGAUAGGCAGGAUUUCUUGUUGUUGCUGCUGUUAAAUAUUCCAAAUAAAUUUUUGGGGCCCCUUGGCAA